AUGGACUUGUGCAGGAUAUGCGAUUGCAGAAUAUCGAUAAGAUGCGAGACGACGUGUGGACACGGCUUCUGCUACCUAUGCAUCAAGAGGCAUCUGGGGACCCAGGAUUUCUGUCCUGUGUGCAGGGAAGACCCCUGCUUUGUAAGAGAGCCGGGAUCCUCUGGCAGCAGAUGGGAUAACGAGGGACAUGCAAGAAACGGAGACCUUGAUCGCAAGGUUCUCGAGAGUCUGUGCAGGCUGAAGAGGUAUAUAAAGGAGGAGAGGGUGUGCAGAUGGUAG